AGUUGCGGACGUUAUGCUCCCGACCAAGCGACGAAGAAGAGCAACUUCCGCUUUCGUCGUGAGACAGGAAGUAAACAAAGCAGAUAAGCUGCAAGGAGGGAAGGAGGAGCGGAGAACUGAGCCCUGAUCUCUUAUCACGAUGACAGCGAAGAGGCUGGACAGCUUGGAGGUGGGCUGUGAGUGGGCCUCCUGCAGCUUCAGGGGCCACAGCAUGGAGGAGCUGAGCGACCACAUGUCUGUGCAUCUGAGGGAUUAUCUGGGAGAUAAGGAUGCCCUGGAGGAGCUUGAUGAGUUCGCCUGCCUGUGGAACGGAUGUGACUUCCUUUCCAUGGGCAGCCCUACGGAGCUGGAGGUCCAUGCAUAUUUCCACAACUACCACGGUAAACUCAAGGUCAUCGGAUCACAGCUGCUGAAGUCUCGUCCCGACCUCCCCAACUGCAACCAGGGCGUGCACAGCCUUAAUCUGGUGCCAGAGGGCUCGGAGGGAUACGUUUGCCAGUGGGAGCAUUGUGAUAGCACAUUUAACAACCCAGAGUGGUUCUACCGCCAUGUGGACAAUCACGUAGAAAGUGCCGAGCAGCAGUCUCUUUCCCAACAGCAGGCGCUCUUCUGCAGCUGGGCAGGGUGCGACGCCUUCUUCAAGAUCAGGUACCGACUGAGGGAGCACAUGCGGAGCCACACUCAGGAGCGACUCGUGGCCUGUCCCACGUGCGGCAGCAUGUUCUCUAGCAACACAAAGCUGUUCGACCACCUCCAGAGGCAGGCGGAGCCCAUAGAGUCCCUGGUGUGUGAACAUUGUGGCAAAGCUUUUCCCAGCGAGAGGCUCCUGAGGGAUCACAUUCGCCAGCAUGUGAAUCAGGUCAAGUGUCCCUUCUGUGAUAUGACAUGCACCACGUUAGCAGCUCUGAAGAUCCACAUCAGGUUUCGCCACUGUGACGAGCGGCCCUUUCCGUGCGACUUCUGCGACAAAAGGUUUAAAAACCAACGUGAUCUCCAGAAGCACACAGACGUUCACAAUGAGGGCACCGUGUAUCACUGCACAGUGGAGGGGUGUGAAUAUUCCUGUUACACACUUCAGACCAUGAACCACCACUUCAAGAGAGUCCAUGAGGCCGGGGGGAUGUCCAAGUAUAAAUGUCACAUCUGUGAGAAGGUCUUCUCCUGGUGUUACACCCUGACGCUUCACCUCCGUAAGAAGCACGAACUGAAGUGGCCCUCUGGACACUCACGCUUCAGAUACAGAAAGGAUGUCGAUGGCUUCCUGAAAGUAAACAUGGUGCGCUUCGAGACCGUCGAGGUGACGAAGGAGAUCAUGAAGAACAUGGCCAAGAAGCCGCGGAACCUCCGGCAAAGUCAGAGAUCCACCGGCGUGAAGAAGAGGGCCGCCGCGGCCCCGGAGAGCAGCCGGAGCUCCCCCGCUGGUUCCUCGUCGCCCUCCUCCAGCUCCUCUUCCUCGUGCUCCUCAGACCUCUCUGGAGGGGAGGAAGCCUCCUCCCAGCACAGCCCCAGAGGGGGGGACGACUCUCCCAUCUACUGCAUGAUGACUACGAUUCCUCACAUUGAGGACGAGCCUGGAGGGGCGUCGGAGGACGGCUGCGACGGCGGCGGCACUUCCGGUGCCGUCCAGGCUCUGACGGAGGUGGCCAGGGGUCUCGGGAUGGACGUGGUUUGAUCGCUCAGACACGAGCUGAGACUUGCAGCUGUCAGCAGAAACAUCACUGGACCAGUAGUUUUAUUUUUUUUAGCAGAAGCCUCCUGCACCGUGCGCUUGUUGCCCCGAAGUGAUCCCUGGAUUUAAAAACUACUUUUAGUUGAGAUUUUUCAGUGAGCUUUUAUGGACAAAGCUGAAAAAAUGCACCGCUAUAGUUAAGCGGCUCUGGAAAAGACAGGAUUGCUUCUUUUUAUUUUGAUAUUUACUCAUGUAAAGAUUUUAUUUUUAAUAUGGCAAAAUAAUGUUCAUUAUUA